UGCGAGGAGGAGGACGAGGAAACGCUGAAGAAGUUGCUAGUGAGGCUCAACAAUGUCCAGGAAGGAACGCAGAUAGAGACGCUGGUCCAGAUCCUGGAGGACAUGCUGGUGUUCACCUACACCGACCACGCCUCCAAGUUAUUCCAAGGCAAAAAUAUCCACGUGCCUCUGUUGAUCGUCCUGGACUCCUACAUGAGAGUGGCGUGUGUGCAGCAGGUGGGUUGGUCACUUUUAUGCAAAUUAAUAGAAAUAUGCCCAGUUACAAUGCAGAACUUAAUGGGACCCCAGGAUAUUGGCCAUGAUUGGGAAGUCCUCGGUGUUCAUCAACUGAUUCUUAAAAUGUUAACUGUUCACAACGCCAAUGUAAACCUGUCAACAGUUGGACUGAAGGCCUUAGAUCUUCUCCUUACGUCAGGUAAAAUAACUUUGCUGAUAUUGGAUGAAGAGAGUGAUAUUUUCUUGCUGAUUUUUGAUGCCAUGCGCACAUUUCCAGCCAAUGAUGAAGUCCAAAAGCUUGGAUGCAAAGCUUUACAUGUGCUCUUCGAGAGAGUUUCAGAAGAGCAACUAACUGAAUUUAUUGAGAACAAAGAUUAUAUGAUAUUACUGGAUGCUUUGAAAAAUUUUAAAGACGAAGAAGAAAUUGUAUUUAAUGUCCUUCACUGCUUACAUUCUCUAGCAGUUCCUUGCAACAAUGUUGAAGUCCUCAUGAGUGGCAAUAUCAGGUGUUAUAAUAUUGUGGUCGAAGCUAUGAAGGCAUUUCCUAGUAAUGAACAAAUUCAAGAAGUCAGUUGCUGCUUGCUCCAUAGGCUUACUUUAGGUAAUUUUUUUAAUAUUCUGGUCUUGAAUGAGGUCCAUGAGUAUGUGGUAAAGGCUGUGCAACACUAUUCAAGGAAUGCAACGUUACAGAUCUCGGCACUCAGCUGUUUGGCCCUCCUCACUGAGACCAUUUUCUUAAAUCAAGACUUAGAGGAAAAGAAUGAUAAUCCAGGGAAUGAUGCUGAAGAGGAAGAGGAAAAGUUGUUUUGGCUGGAAGCCUGUUACAAAGCCUUAAUUUGGCAUAGAAAGAACAAACAUGUGCAGGAGGCCGCAUGCUGGGCACUCAAUAAUCUCCUCUUGUACCAAAGCAGAUUGCAGGAGAAGGUCGGAGAUGAAGACGGCCAAUUCCCAGCUCAUAGGGAAGUGAUGCUGUCCAUGCUGAUGCACACUUCUUCAAAAGAAGUCUUCCAGGCAUCUGCAAAUGCACUGUCAACUCUGUUAGAACAAAAUGUUAAUUUCAGAAAAAUCCUAUUGUCAAAAGGAAUAUACUUGAAUGUACUGGAAUUAGUGCAGAGGCAUAUACACUCUCCUGAAGUGGCUGAAAGUGGAUGUAAGAUGCUAAAUCAUCUUUUUGAAGGAAGCAAUACUUCCCUGGACACAAUGACAGCAGUGGUCCCCAAAAUCAUAUCAGUGAUGAAAAGUCAUGAGACAUCGUUAUUAGUGCAGCUGGAGGCACUUCGGGCUAUUUUGCAUUUUAUAGUUCCAGGCAUGCCAGAAGGAUCCAGGGAGGGUGCUGAAUCACAGCACAAGCUGAGUACGGUUACAAAACAAUGCUUCCGGAGUGAUAUCCACAAACUGGUCCUGGCAGCUUUAAAUAGGUUCAUUGGAAAUCCUGGAAUUCAGAAAUGUGGAUUAAAAGUCCUUUCAUCUGUGGCACAUUGUCCUGAUGCAUUAGAAAUAUUGUCCCUCGAAGGUGCUAUUGACUCGGUACUUCACACACUGCAGAUGUAUCCAGAUGACCAAGAAAUUCAGUGUCUGGGUUUAAGCCUCCUAGGAUGUCUUUUUAUAAAGAAGAAUUUGCGCAUAGGAACUGGACACCUGCUGGCCAAGAUCCUGGUUUCCAGUUUGCACCGAUUUCAGGAUGUGGCUGAAGUGCAGAUGAGUGGAUUUCAGACAAUCCUGGCAAUACUUGAAUUGUCGGUAUCUUUUUCCAAGCUGUUGGUGCAUUAUUCAUUUGACUCAGUAAUAUUCUAUCAGAUGUCUUCCAGUAUCACAGAACAAAAAGAUCAACAGUUUCUAAAUCUUUGUUGCAAGUGCUUUGCAAAACUAACUAUGGAUGAUGAGUUAAAAUGUGUGAUGCUAGAGAAAGCUUGCGAUCAGAAUAACAGCAUCAUGGUCGAAUGCUUGCUUCUCUUGGGAGCUGAUGCGAAUCAAGCAAAGGAAUCAACUUCCUUAAUUUGUCAGGUGUGUGAGAAAGAAAGCAGCCCCGAGCUGGUGGAGCUGUUAGUGAAGAGUGGACCCCGUGAACAGGAUGUGCGGAAAGCCUUGUCGAUCAGCAUCGGGAAAGGGGACAGUCAAGUCAUCAGUCUGCUCUUACGGAGACUUGCCCUGGACCUGGCCAAUAACAGCAUCUGCCUUGGAGGGUUUUGCAUGGGAAAAAUCGAGCCCUCUUGGCUUGGUCCUUUGUUUCCCGAUAAGACAUCUAAUUUAAGAAAGCAAACAAAUGUAGGAUCCACCCUAGCAAGAUUGGUGCUCAGAUAUCAGAUGAAAAGUGCUGUUGAAGAAGGAGCAGCUUCGGGUAGUGAUGGGAAAUUUCCCGAAGAUGUGCUUGAUAAAUUCGAUGAAUGGACCUUCGUUCCUGACUCUUCUGUAGACUGUGUGUUUGGUCAAAGUGAUGAUCUGGAUAGUGAAGGCAGUGAAGGCUCAUUUCUUAUGAAAAAGAAAUCCAAUUCCAUUAGUGUGGGAGAAUUUUACCGAGAUCCUGUCUUGCAGCGUUGCUCACCAAAUUUGCAAAGGCAUUCCAAUUCAUUGGGACCUAUUUUUGAUCAAGAAGAUUUACUGAAACGAAGAAGAAAAAUAUUGUCUUCAGAUGAUUCACUCUGGUCAUCAAAACUUCCAUCCCAUAUGAGGAAUUCAGACAGCAUUGCUUCUCUCACUUGUGAAAGAGAAUAUAUUACGUCAUUAGACCUUUCAGCCAAUGAUUUAAGAGAUGUUGACGCCCUAAGUCAGAAAUGCGGCAUAAGUGGUCAUUUGGAGCAUCUUGAAAAACUGGAGCUUCACCAGAAUGUUCUCUCCAGCUUUCCACAGCAGCUGUGUGAAACUCUGAAAUGUGUAACACAUCUGGACUUGCAUAGUAAUAAAUUUACAUCAUUUCCUUCUUACUUGUUGAAAAUGAAAUGCAUUAUCAACCUUGAUGUCUCUCGAAAUGACAUUGGCCCUUCAAUAGUUUUGGAUCCUGCAGUGAGGUGUCCAACGCUGAAACAGCUUAACCUGUCCUAUAAUCAGCUGUCUUCUGUCCCUGAGCACCUCGCUGCGGUGGCAGAGAAGCUGGAGCAGCUCACUUUAGAAGGAAAUAAAAUAUCAGGAAUAUGUUCCCCCUUGGGCCUGAAGGAACUGAAGAUCUUAAAUCUUAGUAAAAACAACAUCUCAUCCCUGUCAGAGAGCUUUCUCGAGGCCUGUCCUAAAAUGGAGCGCUUCAGUGCCAGAAUGAACCUUCUUGCUGCAGUGCCCUUCUUGCCUUCUUCCAUAACAAGUCUAAAAUUAUCUCAAAACAUAUUUACAUGUGUUCCAGAAGCAAUUUUAAAGUUACCACACUUGCGGUCCUUAGACAUGAACAGCAAUAAUAUUCAGUAUCUACCAGGUCCUGCACACUGGACAUCUUUGAAUUUAAGAGAACUCUUGUUUAGUUCCAAUCAGAUCAGCCUGCUGGACUUGAGUGAGAAAGCUCAUGCUUGGUCCAGGGUAGAGAAGCUACAUCUUUCUCGUAAUAAGCUGAAAGAGAUUCCGCCGGAGAUUGGCUGUCUUGAAAAUCUGACGUCUCUUGAUGUUAGCUACAACUCGGAGCUGAGUUCGUUUCCCAAUGAAAUGGGGAAAUUAAGCAAAAUAUGGGAUCUGCCUCUGGAUGAACUGCAUCUUAAUUUUGACUUUAAACACAUAGGAGGUAAAGCCAAAGACAUCAUAAGAUUUCUUCAGCAACGGUUGAAAAAAGCUGUUCCUUAUAACCGAAUGAAACUUAUGAUUGUGGGGAACACUGAGAGUGGUAAAACCACUUUAUUGCAGCAAUUAAUGAAAACCAAAAAAUCGGAUCUUGGAACGCAAAGUGCCACGGUUGGCAUUGAUGUGAAAGACUGGCCUAUGCUGAUCAGAGGCAAAAGGAAGAAAGAACUCGUUCUGAAUGUAUGGGACUUCGCAGGUCGUGAGAAGUUCUACAGUACGCAUCCCCACUUUAUGACGCAGCGGGCACUGUACCUUGCUGUCUAUGACCUCAGCAAAGGACAAGCUGAAGUCGAUGCCAUGAAGCCUUGGCUCUUCAAUAUAAAGGCGCGGGCUUCGUCUUCCCCUGUCAUUCUCGUCGGCACACACCUGGAUGUUUCUGACGAGAAGCAGCGCAAAGCCUGCAUAGAGAAAAUCACCAAGGAACUCUUGAACAAGCGAGGGUUUCCUGCAAUCCGGGAUUACCACUUUGUGAAUGCCACAGAGGAAUCUGAUGCUUUAGCAAAACUUCGGAAAACUAUUAUAAAUGAGAGCCUUAAUUUCAAGAUCCGAGACCAGCCUGUUGUUGGGCAGCUGAUUCCAGACUGCUAUGUAGAACUUGAGAAAAUCAUUUUAUCAGAGCGUAAAAAUGUGCCAAUUGAAUUUCCCGUAAUUGACCGGAAACGAUUAUUACAACUAGUGAACGAAAAUCAGCUGCAGCUAGAUGAAAAUGAGCUCCCUCAUGCAGUUCACUUCCUAAAUGAAUCAGGUGUUCUACUUCAUUUUCAAGACCCAGCACUGCAACUGAGUGACUUAUAUUUUGUGGAACCCAAGUGGCUUUGUAAAGUCAUGGCACAGAUUUUGACAGUGAAAGUGGAAGGCUAUCCUAAACACCCUAAAGGAAUUAUUACACGCAGAGAUGUGGAAAAAUUCCUUUCAAAGAAGAGAUUUCCCAAGAACUACAUGUCACAGUACUUCAAACUCCUAGAAAAAUUCCAGAUUGCCUUGCCAAUAGGAGAAGAAUAUUUACUGGUUCCAAGCAGUUUAUCAGAUCACAGGCCUGUGAUAGAGCUGCCCCACUGUGAGAACUCAGAAAUUAUUAUCCGACUGUAUGAAAUGCCUUAUUUUCCAAUGGGAUUUUGGUCAAGAUUAAUCAGUAGAUUACUUGAAAUUUCACCUUACAUGCUUUCAGGAAGAGAACGAGUUCUUCGGCCAAACAGGCUGUACUGGCGACAAGGUAUCUACUUGAAUUGGUCUCCUGAAGCUUACUGCUUGGUAGGAUCUGAAGUCUUAGAUUAUCGCACAGAAAGCUUCUUAAAGAUCACAGUUCCUUCUGGUAGAAAAGGGUGUAUUCUUUUGGGCCAAGUUGUCGAUCACAUUGAUUCUCUCAUGGAAGAAUGGUUUCCUGGGCUAUUGGAAAUUGAUAUUUGUGGUGAAGGAGAAACCCUGCUGAAGAAAUGGGCAUUGUAUAGUUUUAAUGAUGGUGAAGAACAUCAAAAAAUAUUACUUGAUGAUUUGAUGAAGAAAGCAGAAGAAGGAGACCUCCUAAUAAAUCCAGAUGAACCAAGGCUCACUAUUCCAAUAUCGCAGAUUGCUCCUGAUUUGAUUUUGGCCGAUCUGCCUAGAAAUAUUAUGUUGAAUAGUGAUGAACUGGAAUUUGAGCAAGCUCCGGAGUUUCUCUUAGGCGAUGGGAGUUUUGGAUCAGUUUAUCGAGCUGCCUAUGGAGGAGACGAAGUGGCUGUGAAGAUUUUUAAUAAACAUACAUCGCUUAGGCUGCUAAGACAAGAGCUCGUCGUGCUUUGCCACCUCCACCACCCCAGCUUAAUAUUGCUUCUGGCAGCUGGGAUCCGACCUCGAAUGUUGGUGAUGGAAUUAGCCCCCAAGGGAUCCCUGGAUCGCCUCCUUCAGCAGGACAAAGCCAGCCUCACCAGAACCCUGCAGCACAGGAUUGCACUGCAUGUGGCUGACGGCUUGAGGUAUCUCCACUCAGCUAUGAUUAUAUACCGAGACUUGAAACCCCACAAUGUGCUGCUUUUUACACUGUAUCCUAAUGCUGCCAUCAUUGCAAAGAUUGCCGAUUACGGGAUUGCUCAGUACUGCUGCAGGAUGGGCAUCAAGACAUCAGAGGGCACACCAGGCUUCCGUGCACCUGAAGUUGCCAAAGGAAAUGUUAUUUAUAACCAACAAGCUGAUGUUUAUUCAUUUGGUUUACUACUCUAUGACAUUUUGACAACUGGAAGUAGAAUAAUAGAGGGGUUGAAGUUUCCAAAUGAAUUUGAUGAGUUGGCAAUACAAGGAAAAUUACCUGACCCAGUUAAAGAUUACAGUUGUGCGCCAUGGCCUGCAGUUGAGAAGCUAAUUAAGGAGUGUUUGAAAGAAAAUCCUCAGGAAAGGCCUACUUCCGCCCAGGUCUUUGACAUCUUGAAUUCAGCAGAGCUCGUCUGCCUGAUGAGAUAUACUUUAAUCCCUAAACACAUUAUCGUGGAAUGCAUGAUUGCUACAAAUCAUAACAGCAAAAGCAGUGCAAGCAUCUGGCUGGGCUGUGGACACGCUGAUAAAGGGCAGCUCUCCUGUCUUGACUUGAAUACUGAACAACACACUUCUGAGGAAGUCACAGAUGGUAGAAUAUUAUGUUUAGCCGUGGUGUGCCUGCCUGUGGAGAGGGAAAGCUGGAUUGUCUUGGGAACCCAGUUGGGCACUCUUCUGGUCAUCAACACUGAAGAUGGGAAAAAGAGACACGCACUGGACAAGAUGACCGAUUCUGUGACUUGCUUGUAUUGCAAUUCCUUUCCCAAGCAAAGUAAACAAAAACAUUUUCUUUUGGUGGGGACUGCUGAUGGCAAUUUAGCGAUUUUUGAAGACAAAGCUGUUAAGUGUAAAGGAGCCGCUCCUCUGAAGAUACUAAAUAUAGGAAAUGUCAGCACCCCUGUGAUGUGUUUGAGCGAAUCCGUGAGUUCAGCUGAGAAAAACAUAAUGUGGGGAGGAUGUGGCACGAAGAUUUUCUCAUUUUCUAGUGAUUUCAGCAUUCAAAAACUCAUUGAGACAAAAACAAAUCAGCUGUUUUCUUAUGCAGCAUUCAGCGAUUCCAACAUCAUAGCAGUGGUCGUGGACACGGUUCUCUAUAUUGCUAAGAAAAACAGCCCUGUUGUGGAAGUGUGGGAUAAGAAAACUGAAAAACUCUGCGAGCUCAUCGACUGUGUGCACUUUUUAAAGGAGGAAAUGGUAAAAGGAAACAAGGAAUCAAAGCACAAAAUGUCUUAUUCAGGGAGAGUGAAAACCCUCUCCCUGCAGAAGAACACUGCUCUCUGGAUAGGAACCGGAGGGGGCCACAUCCUGCUUCUUGAUCUGCCCACUCGUCGCGUUAUACGGAUAAUUCACAACUUUUGUGAGUCUGUUAGAGUCAUGAUGACCGCACAGCUAGGAAGCCUUAAAAAUGUCAUGCUGGUUUUGGGCUAUAAUCAAAAAAGUACUGAAAGUACAGAACACCAAAAAGAGAUACAGUCUUGCUUGUCUGUUUGGGACAUCAAUCUCCCACAUGAAGUGCAGAACUUAGAAAAGCACAUUGAAGUGAGACAAGAGUUAGCUGAGAAACUGAGAGGGGGAUCUGCUGAAUGACAGGGGUAUUGAUAAUGCUUUCUUUUUGGAGGAAUAAAUGACUUUCUUCUCUGUAAAUUGUUCUGGAACAGUGUUUACAUUGAAAAGGAUACUUCCACUCAUUAAGAUGGCUCGUAUGUAUAUGAAGGAAUGUUUAUAUGUUUCACUUUUAUAUAAAUAUGUGUAAAAUAAUUGUCAGUAAAAUUAUGUUUAAAAGAUAUAUGUAAAUACAAUAUUAUAAUACUGAUCCCAAUUCAUUUUGUGAAUUAAAUGAAAAAAGUCUAUGAAGUACUCAAUUCCAAUACUUGUACUCAAAUAUACAAAGCAGGUUUUGCUUUUGCUUUGUUAUCUAUGAUGAAAGUAACUAUUUUUAAAUUCUGUGCCUAAGACAAAACUGUUGUCUACUUAAUCUCUAGUCAUACGCGUGAUAGAAUUAUAAUAUUAAAACAGUAUUCCAUGUAAAGUCAUAUAAUACAUUCCUUCUACACUGCUUUUGAGUGCAGUUCUCAUGUAUGCUUGGAUUUGCACUAAAAGCCCUAGUUUGAGAGGGCGGUAUUUUGCUUUGGUUUGAUUUCUAGUUGUUGCUGAUGCUGAUAGUGCAUCUUACACAUCUCCCUUCACCUAAAACAAGAUGCCAGGAAAGAUGAGAAAAUGAUCAAUGGGAUGUAGUGUCAAUAUCUGUCUCCAGGAGCUACAUAGUUACUCUCUUUUUUUAUAUUGUGCAACUCUGUUUAUGAAUGUGGACACCCUAGAAUUUUAUAAUUGGCAUAAAUACAAUUUUGAGUCCUUCGAAUACUUCUUUUUGCAUUUUUAUUUUGAGCCUUAGUGGUAAGCUAAACCACCGGUUGCUCUUUUUCUAAUUUGUUUCUCUCAAGUUCUUCCUUUAUCUACCCUCUCCCUAAAUUUGUAGCCUCACAAAUCCUAAAUCAUGCAGAUAUAAAUUAUAUUUUCAGAUGAUAGGAUUCUAGAACACCCACUAAGAAUAUGGCCCCCCAAAAAGGACCACUCUUCAGUUAACCACAGAAGAAAGGAAUUAGUGGGUAGCGUACCUGGUAAGUUAAUCUUCUGAAUGAUUCCUUUUAUUUAAAUACCUUCCAUGGUAAGAGUACAAGGGCCAAGCAACUCUGUGCACUUUUGAGUGUCAUUUCUACAUGAAGGAAAGGCACUUCUGCUAAGUCCAUUGGUCCCAGUCAUUAAUUUUCAAGCAAAGUCCUGUAGGAAGGACCACCCUAUGGAGAGCGUCCACUUGUCAAGGGAAUCUCUGAUUUGAUUGUCGAUGGAGUUCAAACUAGUCAGAAAUGAGAGUGCUUUUGUUCCUGGAUGAUACGCCUCACUAUUGCACUGUGUUGCUAUGCAAUUUUUUUUACUGAAGACAAUUAUAUAGAAAGCUAUGUAAAUGGAAAUUUUAUUUAUUAUGGAAUAAUAAAUAUUUUAAAGCAUGUCUAUGAAUUUGAAAA